UGGUUCGAAGCCGUACUGUGGCCGAUAAAGCUCAAGAAACAUGGAACCAAAAGGACGCGAAGAAUCGGCUGGGAGAAGUGGACAGGAUGUCCCGAAAGGCUCAUAUAACCGAAAAGGCGGGUUAAUGUGAAGGGGCGGAAGGGACAGAACUUGCGGGAGGCACAUGCUGGCCGACAAAGUCCUGGAGUUCGGAGUAUACAGUGUUUUUAUUAGGUGGAAACAAACGGGCUGCGGGAAAGAAGAGUACGGAGGCCAGGUGACCAGCAAUGGCAGCAUCGGGAGGGACCCACCAGCGGAGACCCAGCCUCAGAACCCACCGGCCCAGCCGGCACCCAAUGCCUGGCAGGUCAUCAAAGGUGUGCUGUUUAGGAUCUUCAUCAUCUGGGCCAUCAGCAGCUGGUUCCGCCGAGGGCCGGCCCCUCAGGACCAGACGGGCCCCGGAGGAGCCCCACGCGUCGCCAGCCGCAACCUGUUCCCCAAAGACACUUUAAUGAACCUGCAUGUGUACAUCUCAGAGCACGAGCACUUUACAGACUUCAACGCCACGUCGGCACUCUUCUGGGAACAGCACGAUCUUGUGUAUGGCGACUGGACUAGCGGCGAGAACUCAGACGGCUGCUACGAGCACUUUGCUGAGCUCGACAUCCCACAGAGCGUCCAGCAGAACGGCUCCAUCUACAUCCACGUUUACUUCACCAAGAGUGGCUUCCACCCAGACCCCCGGCAGAAGGCCCUGUACCGCCGGCUUGCCACAGUCCACAUGUCCCGGAUGAUCAACAAAUACAAGCGCAGACGAUUUCAGAAAACCAAGAACCUGCUGACAGGAGAGACAGAAGCGGACCCAGAAAUGAUCAAGAGGGCUGAGGACUACGGGCCCGUGGAGGUGAUCUCCCAUUGGCACCCCAACAUCACCAUCAACAUCGUGGAUGACCACACGCCGUGGGUGAAGGGCAGUGUGCCCCCUCCCCUGGAUCAAUAUGUGAAGUUCGACGCCGUGAGCGGUGACUACUACCCCAUCAUCUACUUCAAUGACUACUGGAACCUGCAGAAGGACUACUACCCCAUCAACGAGAGCCUGGCCAGCCUGCCGCUCCGUGUCUCCUUCUGCCCGCUCUCACUUUGGCGCUGGCAGCUCUAUGCCGCCCAGAGCACCAAGUCGCCCUGGAACUUCCUGGGCGAUGAGUUGUACGAGCAGUCAGAUGAGGAGCAGGACUCGGUGAAGGUGGCCCUGCUGGAGACCAACCCCUACCUGCUGGCGCUCACCAUCAUCGUGUCUAUCGUUCACAGUGUCUUCGAGUUCCUGGCCUUCAAGAAUGAUAUCCAGUUCUGGAACAGCCGGCAGUCCCUGGAGGGCCUGUCCGUGCGCUCCGUCUUCUUCGGCGUUUUCCAGUCAUUCGUGGUCCUCCUCUACAUCCUGGACAACGAGACCAACUUCGUGGUCCAGGUCAGCGUCUUCAUUGGGGUCCUCAUUGACCUCUGGAAGAUCACCAAGGUCAUGGACGUCCGGCUGGACCGGGAGCACAGGGUGGCAGGAAUCUUCCCCCGCCUAUCCUUCAAGGACAAGUCCACGUAUAUCGAGUCCUCGACCAAAGUGUAUGAUGAUAUGGCAUUCCGGUACCUGUCCUGGAUCCUCUUCCCGCUCCUGGGCUGCUAUGCCGUCUACAGUCUUCUGUACCUGGAGCACAAGGGCUGGUACUCUUGGGUGCUCAGCAUGCUCUACGGCUUCCUGCUGACCUUCGGCUUCAUCACCAUGACACCCCAGCUCUUCAUCAACUACAAGCUCAAGUCCGUGGCCCACCUUCCCUGGCGCAUGCUCACCUACAAGGCCCUCAACACAUUCAUCGAUGACCUGUUCGCCUUUGUCAUCAAGAUGCCCGUUAUGUACCGGAUCGGCUGCCUGCGGGACGAUGUGGUUUUCUUCAUCUACCUCUACCAACGGUGGAUCUACCGCGUCGACCCCACCCGAGUCAACGAGUUUGGCAUGAGUGGAGAAGACCCCACAGCUGCCGCCCCCGUGGCCGAGGUUCCCACAGCAGCAGGGGCCCUCACGCCCACACCUGCACCCACCACAACCACCGCCACCAGGGAGGAGGCCUCCACGUCCCUGCCCACCAAGCCCACCCAGGGGGCCAGCUCUGCCAGCGAGCCCCAGGAAGCCCCUCCAAAGCCAGCAGAGGACAAGAAAAAGGAUUAGUCGUGACUGGUCCUCGCCUGCUCCGGCUCCUGGCGACCACUACCCCUGCGCCCCGGCCCCCUCGCCUCCCCUCCCUGUCGCCCUUUCCCUGGACAGAUCAGGCCGGGGCGGCGGGAGGCCCGCCUCAGGCCAGGGCUCAGCGUGUGACGUAGGGGCCGGGGCAGGCCAGGGCUUGUUUGUGGAGGCGCCGUCUGUCCCUCUGUCCCUCUGUCCCUCUGUGUUUCCAGCCAUCUCGCCCUGCCAGCCCAACACCACUGGGAAUCCUGGUGAAGCCGACGUGGCGUUGCCGAGGGGGUGGGUUGAGCGGGGGCGGGGCCGGGCCCCCCUACGGGAUGGCCACGGCCAUUCAUCAUCUUGUCCCUCGUCCCCCUACCACACUCCCCUUCCUAGACCGCCGCCCUUUAACACAGUCUGGAUUUAAUAAAUUCAUAUGGGUGUUUAACUUAAA